UACAAUUCGACUAAUUCAGUCUCAGCGCCCAAUGCGAGGAGGUGUGUUGUUUUGGGGAACGCAAUUUUUUCACAGCUAUACUUUCCUUCAAAUUUCGUCUAUUGGACAAUUUAUCCGACGUAAAUGUAAACCUAAUUAUAUUUAUCGACUGAUACGCAUUUAACAACUAAAUAUAUAUAUAUUUAUUUUUUGUCAUAUUUACCACGAGGCGUUUUUUUUUCUGCGCAAUUUUCUUUAUAUCCAGUCACCGUUGCUUUAUUUGAUCAAAGCUCGUGCUCGAACGGUUUAUUAUUAUUAUUAUUAUUAUUAUUAUUAUUAUUAGCUGUUACAUUGUAACCACCGAGAAAAUGAAAACUAAAUUUAUUAACGGGGUGUCCUCCUCUCCUUCAAUGUCUUUGGGGUUGCUCGUCAGCGCCAAUGAGAUCCACGUACAGCCGGAUUCUCAGGCCCAAUACAAAGAUGUUGGACCAGAGGAACCCGACCUGCAAACUAAACGCAAGGCGUAUCUCUGGUGCAGAGAAUUUCUCCAUGGUGCGUGGAGAACUGUGAAUGAAGAGGCGUUCCAGAUCAGCAUAAUAAGGGGAGGCCUCAGCAACAAGCUUUUCCUAUGCUCUUUGCCAGACACCCUGCAGAGUGUAGAGGAUGAACCCAGGAACGUGCUGCUUCGCUUGUAUGGUGCCAUUCUGCAGAUGUCCUGUAAUAAAGGGGAAUCCAAACAGGCUAACAAAGAAAAUCCUUUUCAAGGAGCUGAAGCCAUGGUUCUUGAGAGUGUCAUGUUUGCUAUCCUGGCGGAGAGGGCACUGGGCCCAAAGCUGUAUGGGAUCUUUCCCCAGGGCCGACUGGAGCAGUUCAUUCCCAGCCGGAGGUUAGACACUGAUGAGUUGGGCUUACCUGAGUUGUCUGCAGAGAUAGCUGAGAAAAUGGCCAGAUUCCAUGGAAUGAGGAUGCCAUUUAACAAGGAACCAAAGUGGCUGUUUGGGACGAUGGAGAAGUAUUUAAACCAAGUCAGGAGAAUAAGCUUCACCAGAGAAUCUGAUGUAAGAAAAUUUACCAGACUCAUAAACUACAAUUUGCCACUGGAAAUGGAAAACCUGAUGACUUUGCUUGAAUCCACACCUUCCCCUGUGGUUUUCUGUCACAAUGACUGCCAGGAAGGUAACGUCUUGUUAUUGCAAGGCAGGGAGAAUUUGGACAAACAGAAGCUCAUGUUCAUCGACUUUGAAUACAGCAGUUACAACUACAGGGGGUUUGAUAUCGGAAACCAUUUCUGUGAAUGGAUGUAUGAUUACACCUAUGACAAGUUUCCAUUCUUCAAAGCCAACUUCAAGAAUUACCCAACCAAAACACAGCAGCUUCACUUUAUCGCUAGCUACCUGGCUGAGUCUGACGCUGGAUUUGAGAAUUUAAGUAAUGAAGACCAAACCAAACUACAAGAAGAAAUGCUGGUGGAAGUGAACAGGUUUGCCCUGGCAUCCCAUUUCUUCUGGGGUCUGUGGUCCAUCAUACAAGCCAGAAUCUCCUCCAUCGAGUUUGGAUACAUGGAAUAUGCAUUGGCAAGAUUUGAUGGUUACUUUGAGCAGAAGAGGAGGCUGGGGGUGUGAAUUACAAAAGUGACCAAGGAGUGAAAACAGUCACGCAGGGGGGGUGCAUUUGUUGUGGGGGGCAGGAUCAAGCAUGAAUGGUUGUGCAAUGGGUUCAAAGUCAAGGUUGUGGAAUGUAUGAGUGAUGUACUUUGGACCAAAGCAACACUGUGAAUGUAACGGAGAGUAAAGUUUACCUAAUGACACUGAGUUGUUACAAACCAAGAACCGGGCUGUAUUGUUUUGGAAGUAUUUUGAUUGGCUUGGGGAAAUGUGAAGGGGGUGCUUGAAAUAUUCUGUAUACUGUACACCGAUAUUUAUUUUUUACUGUGCUGUGCAUUGGUUUGGUAUUUCUUUUAAAAUGUUACUUGCUCUUAACCAUACACAUGGUCACUUUUAUGUUACCCUAGAUACAUUCCACCAGAGAAUAUGUUUUCUGGUCCUAAGUGGUUAUUUUUAGUACAGGUUUUAUUAAUCAUUACAAAAAACUGGAACUGGGAGAUCCUCAGUCUUAAUGGCAUCAUAUAACUGCUAUUGCAGCAGACCUAAUGCAAUGUAUUUCAGGUUUGAGAUGUUUUAAUGAGGUGGGGGGAAAAAAGGAAACUUAAUUUUUAUAAACAAAGGAGUCCUAGGUAAAGACAGCAGUACAAACAUUACCUGCAGUAGGCAAAAAUCAAAUAUACUUUACAGUAUUGUAACAUAAUAUACCACAAUUGUAGUACAUAUAACAAUCUCUUAAUAGGAACAGCUAUUCGGUUGAGAUAGAUGCCAUGGUGGCACUUAUUUUUUUAAUAGAUCAUUUAAGAUGGCUAGGAGGUUAACAUGAAGUAUGUUGCCAACACCUCCCCUUUGCCUUUUAAUUCCUUUGGCGUAGUAUAAUGUCCAUUUGCCGUAACUUACAGGAGGACGUAUAUAAUAUAUAAAAAUAUAUAGAAGUGGUGCUGAAAGUGGGACACCUGGAGAUUAUAUUGUGCUGUAGUAUUGUACCUUCUCUUUAAGGGACCAUACCUUUUCAUGCUGGUAGUUUGUAAACAAAAUAGUUACCUAGAAUUUCUCUGCCAUUCACCUUCGAGAUUCCAAAUUAUCCUGUGAUGAACAGCCACGGUAUUGUUUGCAUAAACAAACGUCACGAAGCGUACCAUUCUCAGCUUGGAACAGCCUGUCGGGGAAUGACUGGUUCCGAUGAAGUCAGGCUCUGAGUGGAAUCCGCACAUGACUGACUUUUUAAUAAAAACCAGGAGCUUUAAAAAAAAAAAAAAAACCUUGACAUGAUGGCUAUAACUAGAGGACAGAUUGAGUGUACUUGAAUAAAACCGUCUCCACUGCUAAUAUAAAAACCUUGACUCCAUCUCAGGUUUCAUGUGCUCGGGAACUGUUCUCUCCUCGUACACUUGAACGGCCCUGUAGUUAAUACUUAAGUGCUAGCUGCUUAAGUUAUUGCUAGAAAACAUUUUCUAUAGCAAUAAUGGGAAUUUCAGCUGUUAAUGUUGAGCAAUGGACUUUUCAUCCUGCCAGUUUGCUUUAACAGGAUAUGGGAGGUGAAAGAAUUUAAUUAUUUGAGGCAUGCUUUGUUAAAAUGAAACACUAAAAGUUUUUAAAAAUUUUAAAAUGUGUUGGUAUGCAAUGUAUAUCUAAUAGUAGCCUUUUAUUUGUGUUAUUGCAAAGAAAUUGUAUUAUUAUUAUUUUUUUAUGAUAUGAUGAUUAUUUAAACAGCUUCGCAGGUGUUAUGCUUUGGCAAGUCUGUGGAAUGAAGCUUAUUUAAUGUUGCUAAUAACUUUACUGUGAUGGAUAACUAAAUAGUAAGUUAUCUCUUAAUAUUUUUAAACCUACUGUCCUUCUGUGAUUUUAACUUUUAUGUAUUCAUGUAAUGGAAAUAAAUAUUGAUACCUUCAGAAGAUGCAAUAUCUUUUUAUCUCCAUUUUCACCAGCAUUGCAAGAUCUUUUUCAAGGAUCAAUAUUCACUUACACUUGGGGAUUUGCCAACAUGCAAGUGAUAUUGAGACCUGUUAAAGAACCAAGCAUGAAAUCAGUACCCCUGUUAUGUUGUAUUGGAAGAGGUUACCUUGUAGGGUGAUGUACUGUAAGCUAAGGUUUCGUUAAUAUAACCAGUUAACUAAAAACCUAGAAAUAAUGAGAUAGCAGCUGUUGACACAUGUUUUCUUCAUAAGAAAUCUGUUGUAUUUUUGUAAAAUCAUUGCAUUGUAUAUGGUUUAUGUAAUUGCUAGUAUUAAUGCUUUUAUAGAUUGCAUUUCAUUAAUAAUCUAGCUGUGUAUUUGUCAAUCAAUCAGUUACAUUUUCAGUACACUAGUAACUGCUGUGGGCGCAAGUAUUAGUCAAAACCUUUCUCUACAGCUGCAAAAUCCUAGCAGAGGGAAAUGCUCAACAAUAAAACGUGUUUUAUUUUCUCUUGCAAACCGUUUAGUUCAGGAGGCACUGUCACCUAAGAGAGAGCUGAGCACCUUACUUACCCAAACCAUUGUGAUAUUUGCUUGCAUAGAGGACACCACACAGAGGGAAGGUUACAUUUCAGUAGGCCCACCUUGAAAUCAGAAAUCAUGGCUAUGAAAAGCUUAUUAUGUUUCACACAUGAAUCAACCUCUACCAGCUUCAAACAUAACUGGAAAUUUCCACUUCCAACCAGCAAUGCCCAAUUUAGGCAAAUUAGGAUGCCCUGUGUUGGUUUUGUCUGGAGAAACACAGUAACCGAGAGCGACGGGUUAAAAUAAAACCUGAACGCUGGCAUUCUGUUUGUUUGAAGGUAUUACGUCAUACUGGGAUUAUUCUUGCUUGAUUAUCAGUAACAGGUAAUCAUGUGUUUCACCCAUCCAUCUGAUUACAUAACACAAUGACUAAGCAGAAAGAGUUGAUAAAAGGCUUGGAGUUUCUUUUAUCAGAAAAGCAAACGUAAGGAAUAAAUAAAAGGUGUAUUACAAUAAAGGCUUAUGUUAGACAGUGAAUGGAGGGAGGGAUGUGUAAUGCACAUUUAGUAUACUUUAGCAAACACCAGAUUGCAAUUGAAUUGACUGAAUUGAGUAUCACCUUGUGUGGGAGUCAUUUUCUCUUCAUUACAGAUAUUUGAAGGAGCCUCGAAAAAUAUUUUAAAAUCUUUCUUAAUCGUUCUUAAUAUGUAAAACAUGCAUAUCCUAAAAUUCUGUAAAGUAAAAUAAAAACGAUACAGGGCACUCCCUUUAUAACGCUGUCGUUGGGAACCAAUGGCAUUAUGGGGCAAAUGGGAAGCAUGACCAAUACUGCUUUAUAACCUGUUCUGCUGUAUAAAGGACCAACUUAUAACAAGGAAGAACUAAAUUCAACACAAAGGUUAGGGUAUUUGUGAAAAUGUUCCAGAUUAUGUUUCAAUUUUAAUCUCGCACGUUCUUAUUGUGUACAUGGUCCCAUUUCUAAUAGGUAUCACAGUUAAGACGGUUUCAAUAUAUUAUGAGUGUCUGGCAAGGCCAAGCAGAAAGCCUUGCUCAUUUAAACACAUUGAAGCAGGAUUUAUCCAGUUUAGAUGGGCUGUCUGUUUCAAUGGGAGACUGGGCUGGUGGCAGUCUGGAGGAAGUAAUUAGCACUGCAUACAAGCACUGGCUGUUUAUAACUUAUUAUUAUUAUUAUUAUUUUUUUUUUUAUUUUUUUUUUUUAAACAUCAACCAAACAAAAAACAUUUUCCAAGAUGUGCUCACAGACCACAACCAGUGGUCUGUGAGCACAUCUUUUUUUUUGUACAAGAGCCAGACCUUGAUAAGAAGAUUUUUUUUUUUGUUUGUGAAAAACAGCAUUGUAACUGCCAAUGUCAGCAUGUGGUUACAUUUUGGGCUGUGAUUGAUUAAUGCUAGCUUGGGAAAUAUUUCAGAAUUCUUCAAGUGGAUGAAAAAAACAAAAUAGCAGCUAGUGUUGUUAGGAGUCAGAGCUGUUUUUUGUUGAGAUGCUGGCUGUGUGAAGUGUGGUGUAGUGUUUUAAGGUUUUGGGUGUGGGAGAAUAGGAAGAUACUGGAGACUGAUUUAGGGGAUUAUCACAAACCACAUAGAGGGAUCUUCUGCAGGAUGGCUCAGUAUGACCCUCCCUUCUGUAUAUAAACUGCUGCUAAUUUAUUGAACCCUGUGGCAGAGCAGAAGCCCUGCUGCUGUAAAUAGUGUGUGUGUGUGGGAAUGUAAGGUUGGCAGGGAUGGGGUUACAUAUAUCCCUGCCAACAAUCACAGGUGUGGCCAUUCUCCAAUUUGGUAAUUGAUGCCAUUUGGAGAAUGGCCACAUGUAUACAAUGUGGAGAAAUCCUUGGUUUGCAGGAAGAGUUUGUACUGAGAUUUUUGUAAUGGUUUUUCAACAUGGUAGUGAAGGCUAAUGCCUAGCCUACAAGUGUUUUGUUCUUCUGUUUGAACCUUUUAUUUUGGCCCUUGUGCCGUGUUUAUUUUGUUCAUGUUUAUGUGUUUGUUUUGUUAAAUAAAUGUGCGCAUACGUGUUUAAACUGCA